UAUCACAUGAUAUAAUCGAAUCUUACAUGCUGUUAAAAAUUAAGAAAAACGUUUUUGGAAAGAGUGCUUUGGAAAAAACGCCAAACAAACUAGAUUUUGGAGGUUUAAUUAAAUUUGGAUCUGGAAGAUUUACAUUUUUCCCAAGCUAUUAUUCGUAGGUAUUUGAUUAUUUAACAAUAAUUUUUGCGUUGUCUUUGGGAAUGUGCAAUAAAGACGCAUUCGAGGCAAUUUGCGUGCAAGCUCCCCUCGCCCUUCCCUCCCCUACAAUAGCAAUAGCAGGCCGUAAUUAACUUAGAACGGAACACAAUUAGCUCCAAUCAAUCUCAUCACCCUGGGUAUUAUCCCUCGAUGAUGGUGUAGAUAGAUAUAAGGGCGGUUUUACUCGAAACUGAUUUCCGGGUCGCGAAGGCGGGCUUCCGGACACGUCCCCGGAGCUUUAGCAGCUCCAGAACAGAUUGUGAUCGUUUGUCGUUUCGGAUGGAGUCAACUACUCACAAUGAACAACAACAACAACAACAAUAAGAAAGAGUUUGAAUCGCAACAUCAACACAACCGAACUUCGUUUCUCAUCGAGGACAUCCUCUACAGACAGAAGGAGGAGGAGGACGAGAACAAGGUGGUGUUUCAGCAGCCAAAGCGACAACAUCAUCAGGAAAAAAGUGCAUACGGGUACUUUCAGCCGGUGCAAAACGGUGGAUGUGCAGUGCAAGGCUUCCAGACGCCGGAGAGUAAUGGGUACAUCCAGGUCAUGGGUGCGCUGGGUGCCUAUCUGGGCACGCCGUACAAGACCAUGACGGAUCCCUACUUUUUAACACAAGGCAUUCCUUUUCAUCACGCCCUUUUCGGCACCUCAACGAGCGAAAUUUCUCUCAACGCUCUCAAACACUGUCGUCGUCGGAAAGCGCGGACUGUCUUCAGCGACCCUCAACUCACAGGUUUAGAAAAACGUUUCUCAUCUCAACGUUAUCUUUCAACCCCUGAAAGAGUUGAAUUAGCGAGUGCUUUAAGCCUCAGCGAAACACAAGUCAAGACUUGGUUCCAGAACCGACGGAUGAAACACAAGAAACAGAUGCGAAAACUACAGGAAGAGAAAGCCACAACGAGUGGAAACACCACCGAGAAAACUCAAAGAAGCGAGCUUGGGGCCGAUUUUCCUGGAAAGUCUCUGACAAGCUCCGAUUUGAGCGACUGUGAGAGCGACAUCGACAUCGUCGGCGAUGCCAAAAACCUCCCCUAUUCAUACAAGGGAGCUUAAAUCCACCACUAGUUUCCCUAAUUUAAAUUUAACAUUUUUUUUGUAAAUAACUUGAGUUCGUCUAGCAACCAAUAACACACAGGGUUUAGUGUAGAAGUGUCUCGUGUACAUAUUUUUGUUAAUAAAAAUGUUAGUUUA